GGCCGGGCAGACAUCAACGAGCAGUUCGACAUUCGAUGGUCAAAGCAGCCAUCCUGGUGGAUACUGUUCAGGAUCGCCCAGAUACGGCGAACCACGCUCGAUUCCCGACUCAGCUUACUCGCCUACCACCACUCUCGCGCCACGCCCCUGAUGCUGAGCAUUCUCUGUGGCUCCUUCGGAGCUGCGUACGUCUUGCUCGCCGCAGGCGCGCGCGUGGACCUGCGCAACUCGCGCGGGAAGACAGCCCAAGAUCUGGCAAAGGAG